CGUUCAUCCAGCGGCUGUCACUUGGUAUAAACACCCCGCAUAAAGAGUGACCAAGAGAUCGCUCCGGGCCGUUCCUGGCAGACACCCAACCUUGAACCCAAAUCCCCAGCUCAAGGGGACGAGGUCUCGCUCCUCCUCGCUCCUUCACACUUGUUCCUCAUCAUCCCCAGCUGCGAAGGUGCCGCAGCACCACACCAUGGGCGACAUGAUGGACGCUGUUCCGGUCACCGAGCUCGAGGAGCUUGAGAAGCACCUUGACGAUCUCACAGAGAAGCCCGACACCCCAAUCGACGCCGAGCUCUUCGACCGCGUCGAGCUCCAGCUCACUGAAGCGAACAUCCCCAACAUCAUGCCGCGCCUGCUUCCUAAGUUGGCCUCAAUUCUCAAGGUGUACCAACUUGACCCCUUGGUGCUAUGCAGUCUUGCCCUCAAGCUGCUCCAGGCUACCAGCUUCACUCAAAUCUUCACCAUCACAUCCGAGGCCGACAUAGUUGAGGCUCUCCGCUCACCCGCCGCAUCGGCCAACACGCUCGCCAUGGCCAUCCUCGGCAAAGCCUCCGCUAGCCCCUCCGAGGUCUCCAUACUGGCAGCCUCGACCCUUCUGGUCACCGAGUUCCUGAAAUGCUGGCUCUCAGCCCCGCAAGUCGAAGUUGGUGAGCGUGGCGUCCACGCGCUCACGGACCUCCUCGAGACGGACUGUGAGCUCCCACCCGUGACCCUCCCCCUCGCGUCCGGCCUCCCCAGGACGGACCUGAUGCGGCGCAGGGUUCCCGGCCACGGCUCCCUGUGGCGCCGCCUAUUUAUGGACCGCGACAUGUUCAAGCUCCUCGUCGACCUGUGCGAGGGGACGCCCUUCGACGGCGACGUCAAGCAGCGCAGCCUGGCCCAGGGCCGCAUCCUGCGCGUCAUCCCGCGCCUGGCCGUCAUCCACUUCUCCGCCCUUACGCGCAGUUACCACCCGGACCUGCUUCCCCGCCCCAACGCCCGUGCCGCUGGCGCCAGCCCCGACAGCUUCCUGCACUACGUCACUGUGCGCAUGGUCGACCUCGACGACUACCUCAUGCGCCUUUCUCUGGUCGACUAUAUCGAGACUCUCGUCUGCGCCGGCAGGAUUGCCCAGCACUCUCCGUAUACCGAAGAGGUCCUGCGGGGCCUCCUCAGGGAGCUCGCGGCGCUCGAUCCGACGCUGACCAGGACGCUCGAGUCGUUGCCGGAGCGGGUGGCUGAGGAUGAGGCCGAGAAGAUGAAGGGCUGGAUUAACAAGCUAAUACCGCAGCCCCCAAACGUCGUGGUCGAAUGAGCUACGACGAGUUUGGGCAGAGCAGAGCUGAACAUCUGAAAGAGACUUACGAAGCCUUAUGAGUGACGAAUGUUUAUGACCCUAAAUAGUUGCCCUUUUGUGUCUCUAGCGGGCCAGAGUGGCUGUAGAUGAAAACGGCCUUGGUUUCCUUGACUAUUCUUUUGCCUCCACGCAACAGCGGGGUGAGUCUUCUCGGAUGGUACUUGCUUCCAUUUUCUCUUGCGAUACCGACACCGAGGGCGCUGUCCCAAGGCAAGGGGCGGAGCAUAACGGCAAAUUAGAGGUGGCCAUCAGGGCCAUACGAUCCAAGUACAUCAUAGAUUGAAACUUGGUGAAAUCUUUGCCUUGACGACCACUCAAGUCUUGGCUUCUAAAACAAGAUAAGAGAAAUUUACAAUGGCUGCCCCAAAGAAGCGAAAAAAAAAAGGGAUUGCCAAGAAUGAAUGCAAACUCUUCAG